UUAAAAACGGCCAACGCGUGUUUCUGCCAGAAGUGUUUACAGGAGCACUUGUGGCGCGGUUAACGGUUUUUAAAUCAUCGGUCAAAGUUCAGGACCCGCGUCCGGAUCCUGAAAGAGCGGUUUCCUUCGGCCUUCUGAGCGCGACUCGGCUCUCGGCAAUGGAAUUAGUGUGGCUGAUGUGCGUCGCGGCGAGCGUGGGAGCCUGGUUCGCGGCGGCUGAAAGACACAGCGUGUUCUGGAACAGCACGAAUCCCAAGUUUCUCUGGGAUGAGUAUGUAGUGGAAGUGCGCAUCAAUGACUACCUGGACAUCAUCUGCCCUCACUACGUUCGUGGAGAGGUGCCCUCCCAGGAGGCAGAGCGCUACGUUCUGUACAUGGUGGAGUGGGAGGACUACGAAGCCUGCCGUCCACAGUCUUUCGACCAGCUUCGUUGGGAGUGCUCUCGCCCGUUCGCCCCUCAUGCCCCCGAGAAGUUCUCGGAGAAGUUCCAGCGCUUCACACCCUUCACCCUGGGAAAGGAGUUCCGGCAGGGCGAGAGCUAUUACUACAUCUCCAAGCCGCUACAUCAUCACGGCAAGGAGUGCAUGAGACUGCGGGUGGAUGUCAGCUCCAGCGCAGGGUCUCAGGAUCCUAAAACUGGAGCUGGUGGGCGUAUGGGAACCGGAGGAGUUCACAACCCAUCCAACAGGCUUCCUGCAGAUGACCCUGUAGUGGAUGAGCCAGAAGUUCAGAAAAGUGUGGGAUCAAACUCGGGGGUAACGGUGACAUCAGUCUCCCUCCUGACAUUGAUUCCCAUCUUGCUAUCUUUAUUACUACACUGAGUUGACAAAGAACCACAAGAGACUUUUCAGAGACUGUGGACUACAUUGACAGUGGUCUGGGAGAACCACAAAGGGGUCAUAAAGUCCAGUGCUGGUCAUUGGCAUGGGGUACAUGUUUUGUAUUUUUAAUUAUUUUUUUUCCUUUUAUUUUUUUUUUUAAAUUGUGUGUGUGUGUGUGUGUGUGUGUUUGUGUGUGUGUGUGUGUUUAAUCAGCUCCAACAAUGGGAGCGAGCUCACAAACAGGAUCCCUCUGUUUCC